CGGAUGCUUGCUUAUUUUGGGUUUACAUGCCUACGCUUUAUUCUUACGUUUAUCGCAUACUUCGGACAUGUCUUCCCCACCGGUUCAUUUCAUUCUGGCGAGUUUCUUGGACUUUCUCUUGUCUUUUGUGCGUGGAAACUUUCCACUCAUCUCCGCAAGAUCAUCGCUCUUGACCUCACCUCUCGGUCAACACUCGUCUCCCGGCUCACAUAGUGGAGCUUAUUCACUUGGAUACGACAGGGUUUUCUACAAAGUCAAUUGCAUCUUUAUUCUCCUUACCACCGAGUCCGCCAUGGAAGCGACACCAGAGAACUUUGCGGCGCUUUCGCACUAUCUGGUGCAGACGCUGGAUCCUACCACGCAGAAAGCAGCCGAGCAGAGUCUAGCGACCGUGGAAACACAGCCGAAUUUCCCGAUAGUGCUUCUGAAGCUGGUGCAGAACCCUGCCACCGAGCAAACGGUUCGGUUCGCUGGAUCCAUUUAUUUCAAGAACUAUGUGAAGAGGCAUUGGAGUCCGGAGGACGGAGCGCAAGAUGUGAUCGCUGUUCAGGACCGCGAUGCGAUAAAAACCUACAUCGUCGGACUCAUGCUGAGUGUACCGCAUGGGAUCCAGAUGCAGCUUGGCGAGGCUGUGUCGAUUAUCGCCGAUAUGGACUUUCCCGACUCUUGGGAGGGGUUGAUUCCGGAAAUCUUGAGCAAGAUUAGCCCCACCGAUUUUGAGUCCAAUGCUGGUCUGCUGCAAGUUGCUCACUCCAUCUUCAAGAGGUAUCGGUCUGCAAUGAAGUCGAAUGCUCUCUACAUCGAAAUCAAAUUCGUUAUCGAGCAAUUCGCUGCUCCGAUGUUGUCUCUCAUGCAGGCGGUCGAUUCGGCGAUCGAUGCAAAUGCUGGCAACGCGGCUGCUCUGCAGCCAUUGUUCACAUCGCUACUCCUCCUGACCCGAAUCUUCUACGACCUCAACUUCCAGGAUUUGCCGGAAUGGUUCGAAGACAAUCAAAAGGGGUACAUGGUGAUUUUCUUGAAAUACCUCAGCUAUGCCAACCCAGUCCUGAACACCGACACGGACGACGAAAUCGGGCCAAUCGAAAAGGUCAAGACCGCCAUUUGCGAGGUCAUUGAUCUGUGGGCCAAGAAGUAUGAGGAAGAGUUCAAGGACUGCCGGGAGUUCGUGACCGUAACAUGGGGCAUGAUGACGAGCGCAGGAACAGAGCAGAAGUACGACCUCCUGGUCAGCAAAGCCAUCGGCUUCCUGACCACAGUGGUGCAGUCAGGAAAAAACCACGACCUGUUUGCCAACCCCGACACCCUGCGGAGCAUCUGCGAACAAGUCGUGCUGCCAAACAUGAUGCUGAGGGAGUCCGAUGAGGAGUUGUUCGAGGACGACCCCAUCGAGUACAUCCGCCGAGACCUGGAGGGAUCCGAUACCGACACCCGCCGCCGCGCGGCAUCCGACCUCGUGCGUGGGCUCCUCGAGCACUUCGCGAAGGAGGUCACGGGCAUCUUCUCAACAUACGUGUCGCUCAACCUGCAAGCGUACGAGAAGAACCGCGAGGACAACUGGAAAGCCAAGGAUACAGCGAUCUAUCUGAUCACGUCGUUGUCUGCCCGAUCGUCCACGGCGCAAAUGGGUGUCACGAAAGUCAACGAGUUUAUGGACGUCCUGCCGAUCUUCACGACGCACAUCUUACCUGAGUUGCAGAGCCCGGCGGAAGGAUCUUCGCAUCCGAUCAUCAAAGUCGACGCCAUCAAGUUUUUGAUGAUUUUCAGGAGCCAGCUUACGAAGGAUCAACUGUCCAGUGUGUUCCCUUUCCUGCUGAACCACCUGCUGUCGACGAACUAUGUGGUUUACACAUAUGCGGCCGUUUGUAUUGAGCGUGUGUUGGCGACAAAGAUGGAGAACGGGGCAUUCCAGUUCCACGAAGGAGACAUCGCCGCGGUUGCCCAUCCCAUUCUAAAGCACUUAUUCGAUUUGAUCGAGAAGAAUGGGACAACGCCGGAGAAGUUGGCGGAGAACGACUACUUGAUGAAAGCCGCGAUGCGCAUCAUCAUUGUAGCGAAGCAUGAUUUGGAGCCGGUUGCGGUUGAGAUGGUUGGACGAUUGACACGAACCAUUGAGGCGCUCAGCAAGAACCCCAGCAACCCCAAGUUCACACACUACACUUUCGAAGCCCUUGCCGCUCUCAUCAGGUUCAUCUGCGCACGGAAACCAGCACUAGUAACCGAAUUCGAAGCCCUGCUAAUCCCCCCUCUCGUCGCCAUCAUCGACCAACAAAUACCCGAGUUCAUGCCCUACGCCUUCCAAAUCAUGUCGCAGAUGCUGGACUUCCACCCCGUCGGCCAGGUACCCGAAACGUACCAGAAGAUGCUCCACUCGCUGUUGAUGCCUGUGCUGUGGCAAUCGUCUGGAAACAUCCCGGCUCUGAUCCGUCUGCUCCGGUCGUACCUGUGUAAGGCGCCAACGCUGUUUGCCGAUGAGAAGGUGUUGCAGGCUGUGCUGGGGAUAUCGCAGAAGUUGAUUGGGUCGAAGAUCAACGAUCAUUGUGGGUUUGAAUUGUUGUGUGCUGUGUUUGAGUUCAUUCCAAGCCAAGCGCUGAAAGCGUACAUCCGGAAUAUUCUCACUGUGCUGCUUACGCGCAUGUCGCAGCAAAAGACAUCAAAGUAUACGCGCGGCUUCCUCAACUUCAUAACGUUCACAUUCAUGCUGAAGAAGGAGGACUAUGAUGUGGAUGUUGUUGUCGGUGCUUUCGACUCCAUUCAGAACAACCCUUUGUUCAGCAAUGUGUUGCAGAAUAUCCUGAUUCCGGAGCUUGGCGUCAUGAUGGCGCCCAAGGAGCGCAAGUCGGCCAUUAUUGGGUUCGGAAACUUGCUUGGUCAGAGCAAGAUUAUGCGUACCGCCCCAUACAUUGUUAUCUGGCCUAACCUGCUGAGCCACCUCGUCUACCUCUGCGACACUCCCCUGGCGCAAAACACAUCCACCACCGAAGAAGAGGAGCUCUACACAUUCGACAUCGAAGAUAACGCCGGUUACUCGGCCUCCUUCUCGAAGCUCACCGUCGUUGGCCACCAAGACAAGGACCUCACCGCCGCCGUCCCCGACGCCCGGAGCUUUCUCGCGCAGAACGUACUCGAAGCCGUGGCGAGCGACCCCAAGGUCCGGGAAGCCGUCAACGCCGAGAUGGCGCGCAAGUUCAACGAGUACCUGACUGCUGCUGUGCCUGCCCCGUUGCGGUAGUCCGACGGAAAUGAGAUUAAUGGAUCCUUUUUUUACUUGAGAGCAGGUUUCAGGCGUAGCGUAGGGUCUUCCCCUCCCCGGCAAUCUUUCCCGCAUAUUGUGUUUGUCGUGUAGUUGCUGCUCCACCCCGUUUGUGCGCACCUUAAUUUAGAUAGAAGUUCUUCACUCCUGUAAAGCCAUCCCUUCCCCCCGUCUUCCUCAACGUCACGUCAUAAUCCUCCCUGCCUCCGCUUCAUCGAAUCAUCGAGAGCUUGAUCAGAACAGGUUCCUGAGUUUUGGUGGUUCCCUGUCUUUCCCGUUUCGUUGUUG